AUGCAUCAAGCAAAUGUGACCACAAUUACCACCAUCUAUCUUUUAGGACUACAGAUCCCUCAAAGUGUGACAUUUUUAGUUUUCUUCCUUCUCUUUACCGUUUACUUUAUGACAAUUUGUGGGAACCUCCUGAUCAUCGUUUUGGUGUCACACAGCAAGAACCUCCAUUCUCCAAUGUACUUCUUCCUCACACAUCUAUCUCUAUCAGACAUCUUAAUGGCAACAGAUAUCCUUCCUAGUAUGCUUCAUGCUGCUAUGGUAAAACCCAACAAAAUAUCAUUUACCGAUUGUAUCACUCAGUUUUAUUUCUUUGAUGUCUCGGAAACCUCAGAGUGUCUUCUUCUGACUGUUAUGAGUUAUGACAGAUAUUUGGCCAUCUGUAAACCACUGCAUUAUCAUUCUCUAAUAAACACUCAACUUUGCCUGAAAAUGGUUAUUGUAACUUGGAUUCUGAGUUUUUCAGUUGUACUAAUCCACACUCUAACAAUAACCAAAUUACAGUUCUGUGGACCAGAUAUCAUUGACCACUUUUUCUGUGACCUUGCUCCACUUCUAGAACUGUCUUGCUCAGAUACCAGCUUAGUUCAGUUAGAGGUGACCUGUUUGAGUGCCCUCUUGGUUGUCAUACCAUUCCUGAUUAUCAUUAUUUCAUACGUCUAUAUAAUAGCUGCCAUUUUACAGAUCCCAUCUAUUACUGGCAGACAAAAAGCUUUCUCUACCUGCAGUUCCCACCUCGCUGUUGUGUCUAUGUAUUACGGAACACUGGUUUGUGUUUAUUUGGUUCCAGACAGAAGAUACUCAUGGAAGAUCAGCAAAGUGCUUUCCCUGCUGUACACUGUGGUCACUCCAUUGAUGAAUCCGAUUAUAUACAGCCUGAGAAAUAAGGAGUUAAAGAAAGCUGUUCACAAAAUUCUGAAUAAGCUCCAUGAUGCUCCACAGUGCUUGGGAGUUGGGAAAUUGGGGGAUAUACUGUAUAUAUAA